AGGCUGUAGCCACACGAUUUCAAGUCGAGUGACGGGAUGGCGGUCGCCUGGAGGGAUGACGGCUCUUCUGCGGUGCAGAGCACCGGGCCGGAGCUGAAGAUCGGAGCCAAGGAGUCCAAAGGAUCCCCGGCCAACGCGCUGUACCCUACGGCCCUGGACUCUGGGUCCUACUUCGAGGUCACCUGCCAGGAGAUUGAGCACGGCAGCCCCUUCAUCGGCAUCGGCACGGAGGAGAAGUUCGGCGCCGGCUAUAGCUGCAAGGGCCUCUUCUAUGGCGGCCCGGGGAACUUGUCCGACGGCGGGGGGUGCCUGAAGAGCCAAUGGGGCGAGGACGUGAAGAAGGGCGAUGUGGUGGGGAUCUUGGUGCAGGUCAAGGACAGCAAGCUGACGAUGACGGUGUACCACAACGGACGAUGCCUGGGCCCAGCCUUUGAGGCCGCUUACUCCGGGAGCAAGAUCUACCCGGUGGUCCGCGCCAAGAGCGAGGGCGACAUCUUCCAGAUCGCCACACCGCCGGCGCCGUCGGCGCUGACGCGGGAGAAAGCGAAGGGAGGACAUCCAGCCGCCGGGAAGUGGACGCUGGACAAGCUCCUUGUGGGCCCUGAGCUCGGGGAGUCUUUCUUGGCAGCGAAGAUGAAGGGCGCCCCCCCCCCUUCCGUCACCGUGGAGGAGCAAGCCGGUGAGCUGCGCCUGAGCAUCAAAGUGGCCAACACCUUGAACUUCACCGCAACAUCCACGCCGGAUGCGUCCUUGGCGCCGUUUGAUGCCCUCACUGCUGGCCCAGGAAUGUCCACCAAGAUGCUGGGGCCGGAGGGUGCGAUGGAGGUAGAGAGCAAGAUCGAGGAAGCCAUGCCCACGAUCCAAAAGUGGCUUGCGAAGGAUGACACGCUGAUCAUCAGCGGACCUACCAUCGAGAUGACAUGUACCUUGUGUGCGGGUGCAGACAUCGUAACCGAUCAGACCAUUUAAAUAGAAUAAUGAUCGCAAUGACCGCAUUAGCUUGAUAGAUUCCAGGCCCCAAGAGCACUCACCAGGGACUUCUCCGGUAUUUUGGAGACAGGCUGGCGAUUUUCGACCGCAGCGUCUUGACGUAGGUCCAGCCUGGCCGGGUGAUUGUUACCUCUUGGCAGCUGAUUGAUUGCAACCAAGGCGAGCAAAAAACCAUUCUUCGCGCCUGAGCAUACGGCUGUCAUAUGGCAGGUCGAGUCACACAUCAGCCAAGCUGUUUCCCGGAAGGGGGAAGGGGUCUGCCACCAUUCCGUGUUUUCGUAUGAAUCUAUGAGGCUGUUUGCGACCGAUCAUCGGACAAUAUAUUUACCAGUCAUGGAUAAGAGGGUCCAAGCGGGUGUUGCAUUGUUGCAGUGUUGCAGCGCAUUCCAAAGCCACCCUGCUGCUUUGCAUCCAGGUCGCCACAUGAUCUUUCAUCACUUGGAAUACAU